CGGCGGCGCGAUCUGAUGGCGUCACGACGCAGCGCCUCGCCCAGCCGGCGCCGCGCGAGGAAGCACCGCAACGGGAAUGACGGUGAACACACCUCUCUGCUUCAGGGGAAAAAACAUCCUGGCCCCCAUGGUGCGUGUGGGAACGCUGCCAAUGCGGCUCCUCGCGCUGGACUAUGGCGCUGACAUCGUGUACUGCGAGGAGCUGAUUGACAUAAAGAUGAUGCAGUGUAAGAGAGUAGUAAAUGAAGUUCUUGAAACAGUAGACUUUGUUGCACCAAAUGACAGAGUUGUUUUCAGAACCUGUGAGAGGGAGAGGCACCGAGUCAUCUUUCAAAUGGGUUCAGCAGAUGCUGAAAGAGCCUUGGCAGUAGCUAAGCUUGUAGAGAGUGAUGUAGCUGGUAUUGAUAUCAAUAUGGGCUGUCCAAAAGAAUAUUCUACUAAGGGAGGUAUGGGGGCAGCACUUCUAUCUGACCCUGACAAAAUAGAGUCUAUACUGACUACUCUUGUUAAAGGAAUUUGUAAGCCAGUAACCUGCAAAAUCCGCAUUUUGCCCUCAGUUGAGGAUACUGUGAAUUUGGUAAAGAGAAUAGAAAAAACUGGUAUUGCUGCCAUUGCAGUCCAUGGAAGGAAGAAGGAGGAGAGGCCUCAGCACCCUGUCCACUGUGAUGUGAUCAAAGCCAUAUCUGAAGCAGUCUCCAUUCCAGUAAUAGCAAAUGGAGGAUCUCAUGACUUCAUCAAAGAGUAUACAGACAUUGAGACCUUCCAGAAAGCAACAGCUGCCUCAUCUGUGAUGAUAGCUCGUGCUGCUAUGUGGAACCCAUCUAUCUUCAGAAAAGAAGGUCCUUUCCCCUUGAAAGAAGUCAUGCAAGAUUACAUCAAAUAUGCAGUGAGAUAUGAUAAUCACUAUACCAACACAAAAUAUUGUUUGUGUCAGAUGUUAAGGGAGCAGUUGGAAACUGCUCAGGGUAAGAAGCUGCAUGCAGCACAGUCCACACAGGAGAUCUGUGAAGCUUUUGAAAUGUCUGAGUUCUACAAAGAAACAACAGCUGUUUUUGAAGCUAAGAAAACAUCUUUGGAAACUAAGCAGCAAGAUGAAGAUGACCAGAUGGAAGAUCCAGAUAUAAUAAAAAUGGCUGUUAGAUUUGACAAGCGAGAAUAUCCACCACAGAUUACUCCAAAAAUGUAUCUUCUGGAAUGGUGUAGGAAAGAAAAGCAUCCUCAGCCCGUUUAUGAAACUAUUCAAAGACCACUAGAUAGACUAUUCUGUUCAGUGGUAACAGUAGCUGACCAAAAAUACAGAUCAGCUCUGUGGGACAAGUCAAAGAAACUAGCAGAACAGGCUGCAGCUAUUGUCUGUCUGAGAACACUGGGUGUCCCAGAGGGAAAGCUGUGUGAGGGAGAAAACCACCUGAUUAACAAACGCAAGAGGGAAGACCAGGAGUGCUUGAACAACAGAGAUCAUGGAAAAGAACUUGCUGAGCCUUCCCAUAAAAAAGCUAAUUUUGCUGAAGAAAGUUCUGACGUGAAUGUGCCUAAGAUGCAACGGUAGCAUGGAGGUCACAGGCUUCAUACAAUUACACAGAAGCUAGAAAUUAGCUCCUUUUGUAUAUCUUGCUGUUCACACUUUGUCUGGAUUCUGAGAUGGCUAAAUUCCCUAGCUGUGGAAAAAUGCCACUAAGAUUUACUGUUUACCACUUGCUAUCCCCAUGGUGCCUUUCAGACAGGGUGAAUUAGCAAUUUGAUUUUAGAAAACAUCGAGAAUAUUAUCUCAAAAAAUAAAUUCUUUUAAUAUCAGA